AUGUAUAAAGUUGCACCAAUACUGAAAACUGUAAUACAUCAAUCACAACAGAUGUAUAAUCUUCAUUGUGAGGUGGCAAUAGACGAAGCCAUCAUUGGGUACAAAGGGAGAUAUAAUGGAAUUCCAACUGUGUUCAUCCAGGGAAAACCCAGAGCCAAAGGGUUCAAAGUAUAUGUUUUGGCAGAUAGUCAUUCAAAUUACGUGGCUAAUCUCAAAUUUAUGACUAGUACUGGAAGUCAUGAAGAGGAUAUGCGAAACGUUUCCAAAACUGCUGCCUUAUGCGAGAAUUUAAUCCAGCCAUUCACUGGAUUACAUCAUGUUCUCUACACAGAUAGUUAUUAUACCAGCAUUGAGAUGGCCAGUAGGCUCCUGGACUAUCACCAUACCUAUGUUGUUGGAAGUAUGCGCCAAGAUAGAAGGGGAUUCCCAAAUGCCCUUCGCACAAAUCCCAGAAGAAACCCAGCAAGUGACGUAAUCAAAAACCUAUGCAGAUGGCAGUUUGCUGCAAGACAGAAAGACAAUCUUGUUGUUGUCUCUUAUAAAGAUUCAAAAUUAUUAAAUCUGCUUUCUACAUGCCGAGAAGGAUUUAAAGUCAAUGAUGGAAGGAUCAACAGAUUCAUCAAGUCACCCACAACCCAUCGAAAGUCUGUCUACAGCCUUCCAGCUCCUGAUAUUGUAGGUGAUUACAAUAAAUACAUGGGUGGAGUGGAUCGUGCUAAUCAAUACGAUCUUAUUUCACUUCCCAACGUCAGGCCCACAAAUGGUGGAAAUACUGCCAUUUGCAACAGCUACAUUAUCUACAAAGAAGUAGUUGAUGAGAAGAAAACGCAUAAAGCAUUCCAAGUAGAAGUUGGUUGUGCUAUGAUUGGUGGCUUUUGCUCAAGAAAACAGAGAGUGACAACUGCUGAACCAGUUCUCAAUACAUACCAAAAUCACCACCUGGUUAAAGGAGAGGGCAGAGGUGCUAGUUGUAGAAUGUGCAUUAAGAUAGGAAGGAAAACUCAGAAGGGCCACUACGUGUACAGCGUCUACAAAUGCAAUGAAUGUGGAAUUUCCUUGUGUCGUGAUUGCUUCCUUCCAUAUCACCAUGAAAUAACAUGUAAUGCAGGCAAAGGGCAGAAGGUGACACAAACAGAAGCAACUGAUCAAGCAGAAGCAAGGUGGCUGUGGGAACACAGAAGAGAUGCAGGAGGACAACAAAGCAGAAGAACCCCUGCAAUUGGGAGAGGUGGAUCAAGAGGAAGACAAAGAGGUGGACAAAGAGGAAGAGGAAAUCGUGGAAAAUAA